UGUCUUCUAAUCACGACUUACUGUCAAAUCAGAGGGAUUAUAUGAAGGAGGAAGUGGAGGAGUGUGCUGAAGAUGAGGCGACUGAAUCGGAAGAAGACCUUGAAUUUGAUGAAAGAGUUGGAUGCCUUCCCGAAGGUUCCUGAAAGCUAUGUGGAGACCUCAGCAAGCGGGGGAACAGUUUCUCUGAUAGCAUUUACAACGAUAGCUUUCCUGACUAUAAUGGAAUUUACAGUGUAUCGGGACACAUGGAUGAAGUAUGAAUACGAAGUAGACAAGGAUUUUACAAGUAAACUUAGAAUCAAUAUUGACAUUACAGUUGCCAUGAGGUGUCAGUAUGUGGGGGCUGAUGUUCUGGAUUUAGCAGAAACAAUGGUCGCCUCUGCAGAUGGCCUCAUCUAUGAACCAGUAGUAUUUGAUCUCAGCCCACAACAAAAGGAAUGGCAAAGGAUGCUGCAGCUAAUUCAGAGCAGGCUGCAGGAAGAACACUCUCUUCAAGAUGUGAUAUUCAAAAGUGCUUUUAAAAGUGCUUCUACAGCACUGCCACCACGGGAAGAUAAUUCAUUAGAGUCUCCAGAUGCGUGCAGAAUUCAUGGUCAUCUGUAUGUCAAUAAAGUGGCAGGGAAUUUUCACAUAACUGUGGGCAAGGCUAUACCACACCCUCGAGGCCAUGCACACUUGGCAGCCCUUGUAAGCCAUGAGUCUUAUAACUUCUCACAUAGAAUAGAUCAUCUGUCAUUUGGAGAGCUUAUUCCAGGAAUUAUCAAUCCCUUGGAUGGAACAGAAAAAAUAGCAUCAGAUCGUAAGUUUUUUUUGUUUUUU